AAACAUGACACUUACAUUUCGGCCGCUCGAUUUGAGGACACAUCUAUACAGCUAACCUAUUACACCCGCGCUACACCACGCUUACCGUAUACCAAAAUCCCGCCUUCGCUCUUCAGGGCUUCUCCAAGCAUAACAACAUCAGCCACCAUAGCUUCCUCGCAAUUAAAUCGCCUCUCUCACCAUCUUCGUUGUCUGUCGGGCUCCACGAGCCAUACUAGACACCCCGCUCUCCAGACAUAUAGCCGGUUGCGAACGAUGACCACGACCGCGAAUCCCAACAGCCCGCCCACCAGCGAGGCACCAUGGAAGAAGCUCUUCAGCUCUCACCUGUCCAAAAUGGACAGUCCUGAAUUCGUCUUCAGCUCUCUCACUCCAGCCUCCCGCUCCGAGGCUCGCGAUGGCAAGACUCCUGUCCCUUACGUGCCUCGAGCACGAUUCUGCAUUUUCCGCUCUUUCUGGGCCGAGCUUCCUGAGAACAAACACAACACCGCUGAGAAGAAUGAAAGAGUCUAUGAGUCUGAUUUACCCUCCUUCACAACCGAUGUGAGGAUGCAGAAGACGUUUGAGAUCUUCGCCUCAAGUGCCGGGAAGGCUGAUGAUGAAAGCUUGGUGCAAGGCAGUGGGGGCGGAGGGCCUUGCGAGGCUGUGUGGUGGGUGAAUCUGCCUGACAAGGGGAUCAAAAUGCAGUGGCGAUUCAAGGGCGAGGCUUAUAUUGUCGCCAGUCAAGACAUUGAUGAGGGAGGCGAGGCGCAGACAAGCGGAGUCAAGCAUGUCAAAUCGGAGUUAUCACGGAGGAUGAGAGUUGUCAAGGAGAGCGGAGUUGACGGCUGGAGCUGGAAGAAGGAAGUCAGAGCGCAUUUUGGGAAUAUGAGUCCUGGCAUGAGAGGCUCUUUUCAGAACCCGCCGCCAGGCCAGCCAGUUGAUAAGCCAUACGACGAGCAGAAGCAUCAGAUCGGCGAAAAGGUUGAAGAUCUAGACCACCCAGUCGCCCGAGAGAACUUCCGCGUUGUGGUGAUCAAGCCGGAAGAGGUGGAGAGUGUAGACUUGAGCGACCCCAAGGAAGGUCGCAGAGAAGUGUACAAGUUCAACCAGCAGGACGGCAGUUGGUCUCAUCAGACGUGCUGGCCAUAGAUUUAUCACUUUACGCUCAACGAUGGGACACGUGAACACGACCCCCCCAACCCAGAACGGGAUGGUUGCGUACCCAGCAACGUGCGAAUCGAGAGUGAAUGGAUCUGUUUCGUCGAGACGACAGUGUCAAUGGCACUCAUCAGUAGGUAUCUAGCUACGUGUACCUAGCUGUGUUUCGAAAACCACAAAACAUCCACGAAAUCUCAUCACUCGCACUCCACUGCAGCCCAAGGAUUGGCGCACUAUUUUGACAGGCAUUGGAUACAGCAUUAGAUUACAGAACACUGCAAUUGCCAAAAC